AGGAAUCAACAACGUUGCUAUCCGGCACCUGCAGCAGCACCCGCAACAACCACAGCGACAGCUUCCGCAACGCUUGGCUCAACUCGACGGAGACGCCAAAGUUCGUUAAUUCGUCGCCUAUUGAGCUUAAUGAAGCGUGGAAGGCAUGGAGAAAACGAGUUGGAGAUGCCAGAGAUUGUGCCGGCCAGUGAGAAUAUUGCUGUCCAUUUUCAGGCCAUUGUUGUUGUUGUGGACAAGGCUAGCGGAGCAACGGAUCAUCAAUUGUGCUUAAAUGCAGAUGAUGAUGGGAAUGAUGAUGAUGAUCAGGUGAAAACUGUGACGUAAUGCGAUUUUAUAGUUAUAACCAAACACACAAACACACACACACACACACACACACACAC